UUAUUAUUAAAUAUAUUUAUGUUGAUAAAGAAAUUCUUGUUUAUUAAUUAUUAAUUACUCAAAAAAUAAAUUAACUAGUUUGAUAAACCAAAUCCAUUACUGUUUUGAAUUAACCGCUAAAUAAAUAGCAAUAAAUUAUUUCAUUACUGUGUGUUGCAAAGACUGGGUAUUUCCCAGCUAAAUCAGCUCGUUUAGAUAAGUUUUGGAAAUCCCAAUUGCAGUUGCGAAGAUCCCUGUGAGUGUUAAAGUUGCUAUAAAUUGAACUCUUCCCAUAAUGUUACAAACUAGUUUUAAAAAUGAUACGUGAAACUGCAUGUUUUCUGUUAUUCGUAAACGCGAUAAACUGCGCGAACAUCUUAGCCUUAUUCCCAGUGAAUGAAAUAAGUCAUUUUAUUGUUUAUCGACCGUUUUUGGAAAAGUUGGCAGAAAGAGGACAUUAUGUUGAUGUCUUUGGACAUUUUCCACGAGAAAAGCCGUUAUUAAGAUAUACAGAUAUAAGUGUGAAAGGAACGGUCCCGUUGGUAAAGCAUUUUGAUUUAAACUUCAUAAAGAAAUCUUCUUUAUUAGAACACCUGGAUUAUGUUUAUAAAAUUUUUGGUGAUCAACUCUGUGAAUCUGUUGGAAAUAGCAGUCAAGCUAAAAACCUUCAAAAUAGUUCGAAGAAAUAUGAUUUGAUUAUCACCGAGAUUUUUUUUAGCGAUUGCAUGAUUGGUUACGCAAAAAUUUUUAAUGCCCCCGUUAUUGGGUUAACGACAAGCGUUAAUUUACCUUGGGCAAGUUAUUUAAGUGGAAUUCCAGAUAAUCCAUCUUAUAUCCGAAAUUAUCAUUCGAAAUCUUUGAUGCAAAUGAAUAUUUUUGAUCGCAUGAAAAACGCAAUUUCUUUAAUUUCCGCGAAAAUUUGGCAUAUGAAUACAAUGAUAAAGUCUAAUGAAUAUUAUAAUAAAAUUUUUGAAAAUAAAUCAAUUGGGAAUAGUAUGAACGACGUCCUGGAAAAUAUCAGUUUGGUUUUCGUUAAUAGUCACUUUAGUUUACAUGGUUCAAGACCGAAACCUGUAAAUUUUAUUGAAAUCGGUGGGAUGCACAUCAAAGAAAAUCCGGUUUUAAAAAAGAACUUUGAGUCUCACCUCUCUACGAAUCUCAAUGGAAUUAUUUAUGUAAGCUUUGGAACUUUAUUUAAAUCCGAAUUUUUUUUACAAGAUAAAAUAAAGGCUAUUUUUGAAGUUUUGGGAAAAAUUCCUUAUAAGAUUUUAUGGAAAGGCGAUUCAACUUUAAUUCCAAAAUAUAUAAACGUUCCAAAAAAUAUACAUUUUAUUAAGUGGAUGCCACAGGUUGAAGUAUUAUGUCACAACAACAUAACUUUAUUCAUAAGUCAUUGUGGUUGCGCAAGUGUCUUAGAAUCGAUGCAUUGUGGAACUCCCAUUUUAGGAUUACCAAUUUGGGGUGAUCAAUUUUUAAAUGCCAACGUGGCAGUUGAUAAAGGAAGCGGUUUGAUGAUACCAUUUUUUGAUGUAACCAAAGAAAAGUUUUCGAGGGCUCUUCAAGAAAUUUUAGAAAAUCCAAAGUUUUUACAAAAUGCCAAAAAAACAUCGGAAAUAUUCCAAGAUAGAAUAAUCCCUCCAUUGGAUGAAGCCGUUUAUUGGACUGAAUAUGUUAUAAAACAUAAAGGAGCGCCACAUUUACGUUCAAUGAGUCUUUCAUUACCUUGGUACACUCAUUAUUGCAUCGAUUUAAUAUUAAUUUUAAUUGCAUCAUUUUUAUUAUUCCUUUUUGUUAUUUAUUAUGUGUUAAAGUAUUUGUCUCGCUUUGUAAAGUACCAUAUUACAAUAAAAAAGAAAAUUUAUACGUUUGGUGAAUCACCAUUUUCUUUGCUUGAAAUAAACACCACAAUGGUUACUAAUCAAUCAUCAACCCUAUUAGUUACAUUAAUGUUUGUGAGUUUAACUCAAUCGGCAAAUAUUUUAGCACUUUUUCCGUCUCAAUUUAAAAGUCAUUUCAUCGUUUUCCAAACGUUGCUAGAAAAAUUAGCUGAAAGGGGGCAUCAAGUUGAUGUUUUGAGUCAUUUUCCAAGAAAAGAACGUUUAAAUGGAUAUACUGAUUUUAGUAUAAGAAGAGAGGAUGAAUAUUAUUCAAUUAACGUUGAUAUUGAAUUGAUUGGUUCAGCAUCUUUUUUGAACGUUUUAAAAAAAAUUAAUUUCGAUUGUGGAGUGAAUGUAUGUCAGAAAUUUAAGAAUUACACCUCAAUACAAAAUUUAAUGAAAAGCACGAAGCAAUACGAUUUGAUUAUAACAGAAAUAUUUAUUACGGAUUGUUUAAUUGGAUUUAAUAACAUUUUUAAUGUUCCAAUAAUUGCUAUGACAAGUAGUGUUAAUCUUCCAUGGACAAGUGAUAUUAUUGGAUUACCAGAUAAUCCUUCAUAUAUUCCCAAUUAUUUCAGUCCAUACACUGAAAAUAUGAAGUUUUAUGAAAAAUUUAUGAACACUUUUGUUUUAUUAUUUAUGAAAGCAUGGCAUAAAUAUUAUCCGAAUGCCGAAUCUAAUCAAUUUAUUCAAAAAACUUUUGGAAAAAAUACUCCACAACUCGAGAACCUCCGUAAAAAUAUUAGCUUAGUUAUGGCUAAUAGUCACUUUAGUAUUCAACAAUCUCGACCUUUACCCCCUAAUUUUAUCGAAAUCGGUGGGAUACAUUUAAAAUCAAAUCCAGUUUUACCCAAAGAAUUUGAAAAUCAUCUUAAAACAGAGUUAAAAGGAGUUAUUUAUUUAAGUUUCGGAACUCUUUUUAAAUCAGAGUUGUUUCCCGAUUACAAAUUACAACCAUUUUUUGAGGCUUUAUCACAAAUUCCAUACAAAGUUUUAUGGAAAGGCGAAAAAUCGAAUGUGGCUAAACAUUUAAACAUACCAUCAAAUGUUCAUUUCGUUUCUUGGAUUCCACAACAAGAAGUUUUAUGUCACCCCAAUUUAAAAUUAUUCAUAAGUCAUUGUGGUUUAGCCGGCGCUCAAGAAGCAAUUUAUUGCGGAAAACCCAUAUUGGCCCUUCCAGUUUGGGUCGAUCAAUUUGCAACAGCAAAAUUAGUGUCUGACAGAGGCUGGGGUUUAUCUAUUCCAUUAUUAGAAGAUGUUACAAAGGAGAAAUUAUCAAAUGCGUUACACGAAUUGUUGGAAAAUCCAAAAUUUAGUGAAAACGUUCGUCGUGCUUCUCACAUAUUCCGAGAUAGACUAGUUAGUCCCUUAGAUACAGCUGUUUAUUGGACUGAAUAUGUUAUUCGACAUAAAGGAGCUCAACAUUUAAAAUCGAAAGCAGCCGAUUUAAGUUUUUAUGAAUAUUAUUGUUUGGAUAUUGCGUUUUGUUUGGUUGCUGUUGGUUUCAUUUCAGCGUGGAUUAUUUAUAACAUUUUAAGAUGGAUUUUAACC